UAAACAAUCCAUCUCUUUUAACACUAUGGAAUUGUCAUCAGGAUUUCAUGGAAGGAGCGAGCCUCAUAUUUUCUCAACCUCAGGUGGCAAAGCGAUGGGCAAGCUAAUUGAGGCAACCCAUGAGUUUGCUGGUUUCGAAAUUAACAUGAAACCUGUUCUCGAUAUAGUCGAGGACAUCUUUCGACGAGCAACUCCGGUUGCAUAGGGAGCACUCAAGCAAGUGGAUGAUGCUACGGAUGAAAGGGCUCUCCCUUAUUCUAACCUUGAUGAGUUGAUGGACGUUUUAUCAGUCACUAUAAAUAGAAUUUCCUGCGAGAUAACCUACCGGUUGUCGGUCGGGGAAGAUGCACAUUCGACAACUCUAGCAGUGGCUCAGAUAGUUAAAGGUUACUCGUGGGAUGCAAAGGUUGUGCUAGCCUUGGCGGCAUUUGCAAUGACUUAUGGCGAAUUAUUGCUGGUGAUUCAGCUUUACGCCACUAAUCCACUUGCCAAAGGGGUUGCACUACUCAAACAGUUGCCUGAAGUUCUUGCACGAGCCGAUCUUUUGAAACCGAAGUUCGACAUGCUUGCCAACCUCAUCAAUGCGAUGGUGGUGGUUGCCAAGUGCAUUGUUGAAUUCAAGGAGCUUCCGUCCAAGUACAUUAGUCCUCAAGACCCGGAAUUGUCAUCCGCUAUUGCCGAUAUCCCCUCAGCUGUUUAUUGGACCAUCCGGAGUACGGUUGUUUGCUCGUUACAGAUUAUGAACCUCAUUAACAUGGGCCAUGAGUUCUUACCAUCGACUGCAGAUUCAUGGGAGUUGUCGAGUUUGACACACAAUAUCAAUGGCAUAUACGACGACCUUGUGGAGAAGCUCAAUCAAUGUCGUAAACGCAUUAAUGAACGAAAGGACAUCGAAGCAUUUCAGACGUUGGUCCGCCUCUUUGAAGCAACACAUAUUGAUAAUAUAAAGAUUCUGAAGGCUCUGAUUUACGCCAAGGAUGACCAGCCGCCACUUUGGGAUGGAACUUCCAAGAGAAGGGUUAGUAUUGAAUUGCUGAGGAGAAAGAGUGUGCUAUUACUCAUUUCGGACCUUGAGAUCCCAGACAAAGAGCUUCUUAUUCUCCAACAAAUAUAUAAUGACUCACGAGGGCAAACAGGGGUCGAGAGUCAGUACGAGGUGAUUUGGAUCCCGAUUGUCGAUAGGUCCACUCCGUUUGAUGACAUGAAGAGGAAGCAAUUCGAGUCUGUACAAGCGAUGAUGCCAUGGCACUCGGUAGUUCACCCUUCGAUGAUUCAACCAGCUGUUAUUAGGUACAUCAAAGAGGUGUGGGGGUUCAGCAAGAAGCCUUUGCUAGUGGUGUUGGACCCUCAAGGAAAAGUCGUGAACCAUAAUGCGAUGCAUAUGCUGUUUAUUUGGGGAAGCUCGGCAUACCCUUUCACCAAGCUGAGGGAAGAAGCUCUUUGGAAAGGAGAAACAUGGAGGAUUGAACUCUUGGCAGAUUCCAUUGACCCCAACAUAAACAAUUGGUUAUCAGAAGGGAAAGUCAUUUGCUUGUAUGGUGGAGACGAUUUGGAUUGGAUCCGGAAGUUCACGACAACAGCGAAAGCCGUCGCGAGAGCAGCCAGCAUCGAAUUUGAGAUGCUCUACAUGGGAAAAAGCAACCCGAGAGAGAAAGUCCGAAGAAACAUGACCGCUAUUGAGUUAGAAAAUAUCAGCCAUACAUUGCCAGACAUUUCGUUGGUAUGGUUCUUCUGGGCACGGCUCGAAAGCAUGUGGCACUCGAGAGCUCAGCACGGCAUGACCGUAAAAAAUGACUUAAUUAUGCAAGAGAUUUUGACAAUGCUCGGCUUCGAUGGAAGUGAGCAAGGGUGGGCCGUGAUAAGUAGGGGAACCGAUGAGAUAACAAGGGCUAAGGCGGAUACUGCUUUGAAAAGCCUAGAAGAAUACACGGCAUGGGCGACGGAAUUGGCGGAGAAAGGUUUUGUUCCGGCACUGAAUGAUUACAUCAAAAGUCUUCAAACCGAGCACCAUUGCAACCGCCUGAUACUUCCAGGGAUUAGUGCUGCUGCAAUUGGAAGCAUUAAUGAGAGGGUUGUUUGCGUCGACUGCGGCAAACCGAUGGAAGUACUCCUAAUGUUCCGCUGCUGCACCGAUUAAUGUUUGAGCCAUCGCUGAUGGACAGCGCUCAUCGGAGUCAUCAUGGAGUUGACACAAAUAACUACAUAAGGGAAGCAGCUUUGCUUGAUGCUAUAGUUAGGUUGAUGAAUAAAAUGAUGUGAACUUAGUUAAAGAAUUUUCCA